CGGGCGUUUAUUAAAGGUUUAGAUUUCUACAAUGAGAAUGAACAUAAUGAUGAAGGCAAUUAUAUGUGUAGUAAUUUGUUUCUUCUUUUCGCUAGUUGGUAAGUAAAAUAUGUGUAUCAACAAUAUAGUCAGAUACCUAAAAAGUUAAAUAUUGAUAUAUGUAAAUGUGGUUGUAGAAAUAUAGAAAUAUCGAUAUAUACAUGUCUUGAUAGUCAGCCUUGAUGCUGUUCGCUGACGAUGACGCCUUAACAUCUCAUACAGAAGGUCUUCAGGUGCUGGUUAAUCGUAUAUCAAACGCUUGUAAAGAGUUUAUACUAACAAUUAGUUUACAGAAAACACACGUCAUGAUGCAAGAAGUGUCAUUAUACUAAUGUUUAUUUUAAUGAGACUAAGGCCUAAACCUAAUAAUAUUACUAAUAAGCUAAUAAUACUAUGUAUUCUAUUAUUACUCAUUUAAGAUAAUAUUUUAUUGAAACAAAUUAUUUAAUCCUUUUAUUAUAAAUUAAAGACAACAAAAAAACAAAUUUAAAAUCAUCAAAGUAAUUGUUUUAGGACAAACUGGACGUACAAAAUUUACAAAAACAGUUUACCUUUGCGUUCAUAGACAUAUAUUUGACAUUUAUAAUAAAUUAAAGGUAUAGGAAAUUAGUUUUAUUAAACGAAACACUUGAAUAAUGUUAAAAAGUAAUACGAAAUUUGGUAGAUUCAUGAAAUCAUUAUAUGUUAGUUGUAGGUUUCUAAAUUUUAGACACGAAUUUGUUUUGUUUACAUAUGAAGAGGGAAUUCCUUCCAUCGACAAGGAGACACAUUUUUUCCAUAGAUUGCAAGUAGUCUGAAGAGCAGUCUAAAUGGAAAAUAACAGAACAUCCCCGUUAGCUUUUAAAAUUUAAUGGCUCAAUUACUGUUAUGCCUGUAUUAGUCUUAUCAUCUUAUACUUUAAGUUAUAGCCUAUUGUAGGUGAUAAGGUAGUGUUUAUUUAUAAUCUCAUUCAUGAAAUAUUAAAAAGACUUCUACUUACCUUUUAUAAAUAUAAACAUUUAUUUAAAAUUGAACCAAAGCGUAUAAUUCAUUUGAAUACCAUAAACAUUUUUUGCCUUAACCAUUUUUGUUCUUCCAUUUUUCAGUUAAUGUUUUUUUUUUUUGAACAUGCAUCCAAAUAAAAUUAUCUGAAAUAUCAAGUCUUAAUGUUAUGUAAAAGUUUAAUUUUUUUAAUGUGUUGCACAUUGCACUGAUAAUGUCUCCUGAAAAUCUGGUAGCAUUAUAUCUUUUGAAAUAAAAAAAAAAAUUUGUGGGCAAAAUAAGGCAGACAUUUGGAAAGUCGUUCACACGUUUUGGCAUUUAAAUACAAAGAUAAAGAAGGGGUUUUAAAAAUUCACCAACAAAUUCAUAACUUCAUUUCUAUAAAAGAUAGAAAGAUGAAAUUGGAAUUUUUGCAAAGCUUAUAAAUAGCCACUUUAAAAAAUGUAACAUUUAUUGAAAUUGGACAAAAAUAAUGAAAUUUCUAUCAAAGUACCUACAAGAAGCACUGACUCCCCCAAACAUAUUUAUAUUGAGGGCCAUAAUCUGUCGAUUUUUGAGCAUUUCUCAUACCUUAGAUCCAAUAGGUCUAGUUCUCUCUCCGUUGAUGAAAAGGUAAACAUCAGGAUCGCUAAAGCAGCAGCAAAUAUGACUAAACCGAAUAAGCGGGUGGGGAAUAAUAUAAAUAUAUAUGAAAAAAAAAAUAAGUGUCUAUCAGGAAUGUGUGUUUAGUACGCUAAUAUAUGGCAGUGAAGUGUGGACCACAUAUACCAGUCUUAAGUGGAAACUCAACAACUUCCAUCAAAGAUGUCUUCUUCGCAUUUUACGCAUUCGAUGGCAGGACAAGGUGCCUAAUACAGAGGUCUUGGAACGUGCAAAAAUGUUUAGUACAUUCUCCGCUCUUAGCAAAAGGCGCAUUCGCUGGUUAGACCAUGCAAUGAGAAUGGAGAAUGGCCGUAUUCUAAAUAUGCUGCUGUAUGGAGAGUUGGCAGAAGGGACUAGACUUAUUGGACAGCCACGCCUGAGAUUUAAGGACGUUUGCAAAAGUAGCAUAAGAGAACCCAACAUUGAAAUCAAUAAAUGAAAAAUCAUUGACGAACACCGCUCUAGCUUGUGAACAUGAUUUUAUGAAGGAGUCAAAAAGGCAGAAAAUACACGAAACAAAGCCCUCGCAACAAAAAGAACAACAAAGGAAAAAUCAUAUCCAGGAUUCAAUAUUGUCCUGCUAGAAAUGCAGCCAAGAUUGUCAUUCCAGGUUUCGCCAAGUGAGCUACUUGUCGAAGUGUACGACUACAUAGCUUCUCAAUCGUCUCGCGAAGGCGAAAGGAUGCCAUAUAUAUAUAUAUAUAGUAUAUAUUUUAUAGUAGUAGUAUAUAUAUAUAUAUAUAUAUAUAUAGUAUAUAUAUAUAGAUAUAAUGUUUUAAAUUAUAUGUCCAAAAUAAUAUUAAAUUUAAAGUUUCUUAUCAGUAAAAUAAAAACUAAAACGUGUAUCAUGUUUUAUAUUUGUUCCAGGUAAUAUGUAAGGCUAUUUCUCAAGUAAUAAAACCAUAUUUAUAUAAUGAUAUGUAUGUAUUAUAAAGUAGAUGAAAAUAUAAGUCUGCCUUUUGUGGAUUAUUUCAUUUUAUGUUUUAAUUUUAAAAUAAUUCAUACAUUUCUUAGAUAUUUUAGUGAAGGGUGAAAUGUCUUGCACUCCAGCUGAAGAAAACAAGAAUCACAACAUAAGCUUUACGCUCCCUAUUAAAGCAGAGAACAAUGAUAUCAGAAUAGAAUCAAUGUAUCAACAUAUUGGAACGUGUCACCCAAAAAGUCAAAUAUGUACAAAAUAUGACACUGAUAAAUUUAAAAUUACAUUGACCCAACAAAAAGAUGACCUGGCUGUUACAGUUUUGAUUUAUAACAUCAGUAGGAACCAUUUGGCAACAGAAAAGCCAUGGUUUAUCGCAUAUUAUGAGAAUUCAAUUAUGGACAAUAAAAGUAUAUGUAACAUAACUGUGUUCGGUAAGUAAAGUUAUGUUCCUAUCUAUUCUAAAAUAUGUUAAAACAUUACUUUUAUAUAUAAAAAAAUUAGUGUAUCUCCUAAAAGACCUACGCAGUUAUCCUUUUUGUUCUGGGAAACUUUAAUUACAUCCUAGCAAUAAAUUGUUCUAAAAUGCAAUACGGAAAUCUACAAUUAAAGCUUCGUAACAUGAGAGAUGAUUUAUAUUAUUUUGUUUCUAAAAGGUAAAGGAAAUUUUGAAAUAUUACUUCGUAAAUUCUAGAAUGGCAAUAAAUCAAAUUAAAUUUAAAUUCUAACUUUAAGGUAACCAUUACUUUAAUGGAUAUCGAAAAGCAAAAAAAUAUUUUCAAAUAUACACAAGUAAUUGACUACAUUCAUAACUGUAUUUAAUUGUAUAAUAAUUUCAGCCAGACCUGAUGACAUCCGAUGCUUUAACAGUAAUUUUAAUGACGUAUUCUACGUGACUUGUAUUGCGCACAAAAUCUACCCAAAAGGAAUCUGUCUUUAUCGGAUAAACAACGUGGGUGGAAAACAUACAAUUAUAACAUAUGUAUAUUAUGUUAUAAAUUUAAAUAUAUUUAUACAAAUGGCGUUUUAUUAAAUGUUUUCGCCUUUAGACAACUGAUCAGAUUUAUUAAAUAAAUAGAUAUGAAUACAAAUUAUAAUUGUUUUAUAAUUUGUAAUGGUACAUUUAAAAAAAAAAAAAUUGGCAUUAUUUUUUUUCACUUUAAAUACAAAAUUAAAAAAAAAAUACUUUAAAAAUGAUAUCAUAUUACAGACAAUUACUUGUACAAUUUUUUUACUUAUACAGGAUGAACCAAUAUUGACCGAAAUGUGCAGUACUAAGAUACACAGAGAUCCAGAUGUUUUCACAUCCAGCUGUACGUUUAGCUUACCUUUGUCAGAACUAAGUUCAGAAAAAUUUACAAUUAAUGUAACAAUGUAUCCAAAUGUUUCCAAUGAACAAUCAAAUAUGCAGUUUGGGACGGAUUUUUUACACUCAAUUAUAUUGGGUAGGUUUUAAUUGUUUAAUUUUGUUUUCAUUUUAUUAUUAUUUUUUUUCAUAUGUGUUGAUGUAACUUUUAAUUUGUUUUGUUAAGUGAUAUAAAUUAAGUCCUUAUAGCAAUACAUUAUUUAAGUUUUAAUUAUAUAUUGAGUUUUAUCUUCAUCUGCUAAUGAAUUUUAAUAUAACAAAAUGUUCUUUCAAAAAGUCGUCUUUGUAAAAAAAAAUUACCAUACUUUUUCUAAUAGCAAUAAAAGUUGCAAAUUUAUUUGUCAAUAAAACAUGUUUCAUUCUGACAUAUUAUACAGGUUAAUUAGUUAAUUAACUUUUUUAAAAAAAUCCUUUGCUCGCGUUUUUAUACUCAUUACCGUUAUGUUUUUUGACUAAUGGAAAGAUAAUCCGACUCUAAAUAUGAGUAAAUUAGAAUUUCAUGAAUAAAAUAUUUGAAAACGUGCGUCAUUAUAUUUUAAUAAAUAGUGGUUUGAGAACCACACAAACGUCGUACAUUCAAAAUAUCGCACGAAUGUCAUAGAGACUUGAAGAACAUACAUUUAUUUCAGAGCUAAAAAGAUUACCCAGCCUAAACCAAACAACACAGAUUAGCAAUCCUAUGAAGAUUUUUUUUUUGUUCAAAUUUUAAGAAAUUUAGAUCUUAAAUCGUAUAUAUUUUUGUGCCACAUAUAUUGGAUGCGUUCAGUUGUAAUAUUAAUCUUUUUUUUAACCAUUUUAGUGACUUUUUAUUAAAAAUGUUAUAUUUUAAAAUAUUUAAAUCUAUACAAAAUUAUUUGGUAUUUCUAUGAUUUCCUUUUGCCUCGUUAUUCUCAAAAUAAAUUAUAAGACAAAAACAUGCAAAACUAAGCAUAAACUGUUAUUUAGUGUUUAAUUUGCAAAUGUGUGUUCGUUUAUUGUAAUCUAGGUCCUCCAAAACUAAUAUACGCCAAAGAGAGCCACACACCAGAUUUUCAGACCAGCAAUUUAAAUGGCACCGUUUCAGUUGAAAUUAACAUGAUCUGCUUCCCGAGACCUAAAAGGUAUCAUUUAAUCAAAGAGGAUGGUUCCGAAAUUAAAUUUGAGAAGGUCAUAAAUGGUAAUUCUGCUUCGGAUGGCUACGUGAUAACACUCAAAAAAGAUGGCGAAUCUUCUUCCGUGACAUUGUACUUGAAUUUCACAAUUUUUAAGACUACAGAUUUUACACGAUAUCUUCUCAUUAUUGACAAUGGAAUAAGUCCUGGGCUUAAUUACUCUUUUUCUAUUGAGAAAGGUAUGUUAUUUAUGCAUGAAACACAACAUGCUUAUCCCUUUGCUGUACAUACACUUUAACUAUUAGGAAAUAAAUACAUAAAACUAAAAUAAAAGCAAUAGUUUAUCCUCAUUAUAUCCGAUUUAUUGAAAAUGCCAUAAGACCUAAACUUAUUUAUUCUAUUGCUUUAUUUAAUGUCAGUUUAAUAUAACUGAAAUUGAUAGACAUUUCAAUAUAUAUUUAACAAUAAAAUGUUUGAUAAAUUACACUUAAUAAUCUGUUUUGGUAAUUUUUUUUCUUCAUAUCUUGUACAGGCAGCAUCAAUGCCUCAAGUGUUCUUACAUUAGUUGUUAGUCUUGUGGCAUCAUUUAUUUUUGCUACUGGAUUGUGUCUUUGCUACGUGUGGUGUUGCUUGAAAAGAAAAGGUAUCUAUAUGUACGUUUUAAUUUUUUUUAUUUAGACCAUUCAAACCUUUUGAUAAUAAAAUAACUUAUCUCAAUAUUUCAAUUUAAUACAAUAAUUUGUGGAUGAUUCUAUAAGAUAUAGAUAUGUAUAUAUUUAUUUAUAUGCACACAUAUAAGUGUAUAUAUGUUAACUUUUUUUGUUUACAUAUGCUUCAGAAAAGCUAUAUCCUUGAUUUUGAAAAAUGUGUAGAAGUGUAGGUAAUAUUAUUUUCUACAGUAUUUGUUAUUAUUUUUAACGUUCUCUUUAGACGGAAAUAGGAUAAAAUCACAACAUCUCUACGAAGAUGGAAAUAUUGAAGAACGGCAAGUUGAUUCUAUUGACGGCAAUAACGCGGCAGAUGUAGAAAACGUGGAAUACUCAGUCGUUAACAAAGGUAGAAAGAGGAAUUACGAUGUGUUGGGCAGGUUGUAGAAGUAUUUAAUAUGGUGGAUCAACAACUAGCGACUUGAUGAUACAUUAAAUAAUUGUAGUAUAUAACGAAAUGAACCAAUUACAGAGCCUGGGAUUAGAAGAUUAUUACUAAACUGUAUUGAGUAUUUCCAAAAUUAGAGUACAUUUUGUUUCAUUUAAAAUACAGUUGAUUUACAAUAAAAGUUGAUGUAUGUAGCUUUCAUGAUUAGAACUGGCAAUGUCAAUCAACUUGGAAAUAACUACAUAUUGUGGAAGACACGUAUAAUAUAUAUGCAAAAAGACAACACACUAAAAGCCAGUGCAGCAAAUAUAUAUUACAAAAGAAAUUGCAUUUCGAUUUUUUAUGUAUACAAAUUGGUGCAUCUUUGUUUGGAAAAUUAUUUUACUGAUUACAGGAUGAGCCAAAUGUACUGUAAAUCUAGCAUCUUUAAUGCAUAAGUCAGUUUGUCAACCGGCAUACAAAUUCCACGUGUUGCAGAUAAUGAAAAGGAAUAUAUGGUGGCACGUUUUUGCUGAAAAUAGGUUUCUACACGGAAGGAAACAAGUCUAUUGCUGAGUAUUAUUUACAACAAAAAAAAAACAAAAAACUAAGUCCCACAAAAUUGUACAUACACUUAAACCAAGCCUGCACAAUAUGCGGCCCGCGGGCCGUACCCACUUGGCGGCCCGUGAAGUAACGAAAUAUUCGUUAUUCUUAUUAUUUUCUUAAAAAGGUUUUCCCCCUGUCUUAUUUUCUGUUGACCCGCAUACGUUUUUCAUAAAGUAUUUCAGCCCGAGUUAAUUUUGAGUUGCUCAGGCCUGACUUAAAUUAUUGCUAUCUUAGCCCACAAUGAUGAACACUUAGUUUCAAAGCGUACAUUAUUUUAACUAAUAUAAAAAAAAAAUAUCCCUCUCUUUGGUUGCCAGGACUGUUUCCAAAAAGAGCGGACGAGCGGGAGAGGAGUGGUGUUAAGUAUAUAUCUUUUUUUUUUCUUCUUUUUUUUUUAAACAAUUAA